GAGACCGCCGCGGGUUCGAAGAGCUGCUGGCGCAAAAGCUCGGCCGCGACGACCCCUACGCCGGGGAGGGGCGGGCAAGAGGAGCUGCUGGGCGGGACGAAAUAAAGCUUCACCAGGAUGAACAGGACGACCGGUACUACGGGCAUUACUACGCCCACCGGUCCGACGGGGUGUUGCUCCGGGAGGGUCAUUUAGACGAGCAUCUGGAGUUGGACGCGAAUGGACAGCCGGUCGUCGGUCGGGAGUACGAUCUGGAAUCGCUGGCGGAAUCCUUGACAGCGAAAGACGGGGGCGACGCGGCGGUGCGGUACCCGAAUCACCCGGCGACCAGGUACGAUAUCUGGAACCCGCGGCCGGGUGGGCGUCUGAUGAAUAAAAGUGGAACAUCAACAUCACGGGCGAGAAGCGGCAGUGACGCUGCUGCGAGAGGACAGCGCGACCAAAGCAAGUCGCGGAGCCAGAGCAGAGAGGCGCGAAGCGGCAGUAGACCUGGCAGCUCUUCCUCUGCAACGAGACCUGGGGCAGCCGCAGCGUCCUCCUCGUCUCCGUCCUCCAGUAAGAAGACUCCUCCACCGUACCUCGCCAGUUACCUCGCCGGGGCGAAGAACAUUGCGGAGUACGGGCUGCGUGGGUGGAAGCAAUCGACGGCCGACGCUAACGUGUUGAACGACGCCAAUUUGUCGAGUGCGGAGAAAAUCGAGAAGCUUUUCGGCUUGCGACUGAACUUCAAGGACUUUCCCCGGGUGAGAGUGACAAAAGUCCUACCUGACACCCGCGCGAUGAAAGCCCAGGUGGUCGAGGGGGAUCUCCUCCUCGCCGUGUGCAAUUCGAGGAUAACCAGCAUCGUGGUGUGGCCGCCCGAAGGUGGUGCGGGAGAUAACUCGUCUUCAUCCGCGCCGGCGGACUACGGGGAAAAGCAGAUCAUCCGCCGCAUCAAGAAGGGCGACGUCGCGGUUUCCUUUGUUCUGCUCCGACAGAAAUACGAGUUCCGGUACUUGCAGCUCCGCGCGGACGCCCCGGAUUUCGAGAUGACGGUGGAGAAGGGGAAAGUGAGACAGGUAAAGCCCGGCGGGUACGCGGACCGACGCGGGCUGCAAGUGGGCGACACGGUCAUUCUCGCGAAUGACACCCUGGCGGAAAAAGACAUGGACAAAAUUGACGCAAUGUGCAAGAAGGACGGGCGCCCGCGGCCGGCGUUUUUGUUGUUCCGCAGAAGCAGUGGGGACUUUGGGGAAAAGGCACUGCAACGGGAAGUGGAUGUCUUUCGCUUCAUCCCGGGAUUGACAAACAAGGACAGCUCUGGGACCUUUCCGCGGAAACCAGCAAGCGGAAAUGUUGAGCAAAGCACGAGAACGGGCAGCGGUGCUGGUGCAACAUCUAGAAGCAGCUCCACUAAACCUGGGAUCGCGACAAGUUCGAGCGCUGCUGGAGGUCGAGAUUCGUCCUCUGGUAAUAAUAAGUCGGGAACAACAGGAGGCGCAAGUACUAUGGCGGCAAGUACCAAAUCAACCUCUUCCUCAAGCUCGCCUCCCUUCCUGCUCAGCUACUUGGCGGGCGUGAGUUGGUCCAAAAUCAGCGAAUACGGUAUGACGGGGUGGCAGCAAAGCACCCCACCGGAUCCGGAGGUUUUGAACGACAACAGCCUUUCGAGCAACGAGAAGCUGGAAAAGUUGUUCGGAAUGAAACUCGACGAAAAUUUCAAAGACUUUCCCAAAGUUCGAGUCUCCAAAGUCACGGACCCGAGCAGCCGGGCGGGAAAAGCGAAGGUCGUGGAGGGGGACCUUCUGGUGGCGGUGUGUAACUCCAGAAUCACCUCCGUUGUCUCUGCGGGGGCAAACAAAGCAGACCCGAUUUCCGCGAUAAUCGAUCGGGUGAGACAGAGCAGUAAAGUCGGCUUUUUGUUCGUCCGUGCGAAGUACGCAGGUCGGUACCUACAGCUGAAAGCCGACGUUGCGGCGCUCGACAUGACGGUUCAGGGUGGAAAAGUGCGGGAAAUCGUUCCCAAUGGCUGGGCGGCACGGCGGGGGCUGCAAGUUGGCGAUUCGAUUCAGCUGGCGAAUGAUGUUUUGGCGGAGAAGGAUGUGUCGAAAAUCGAUACAGUGUGUGCCUCGGACGGGAAGCCCAGACCGGUGUUUUUGCUGUUUCGCCGCAGCUCCGGCGACUUCCCCGAAGAAGCGAGGGCCAGGGAGGUGGAUGUGUCGAGGCCACUGGCGUAGUGGUAGUGAACAUAGCAUUUUAAUUAGCAAUCUUCUUGUUCUUCAGCUAUCACGGAGGUUCGAUGAAAAUUAAUAGUGAACGAAUGCAGUUGCGAAGUAAAGUAGCCGGACUGUGGUCAUUCCGCCUGUGGCGCCUGCGCCGUCGUGAUCUGAACUAUUUUCUACUUCCAUGUCGGAGUCUGAAUUCAUC